CGGCAACGUCGGGCCCAAAAUCCACACCUUCGGUCCAGAAGUCCCCUGGACAGGACUCAUGUGCCAGCACCAAGUCCUGGGAGGCGCAGGCCCUGGCAGAGACCAUCAGGGACAUCCCGCAGGCGAAACCGCUCCCGCCUGCAACGUCCGACCCCAAAUCCAUCCAGCCGGUCCAGAAGCCGCCGUGACAGGAGCCACGUGAGAGCACCCAGUGCUGGGAGGAGCAGCCGCAGCCACGAAACAUCAAGAACAUCCCACACCCAAAAUCGCUCCCGCCAACAACAUCAGGCCCCAGAUCCAUCCCGCCGGUCCAGAAGUCGCCGUGACAUAAACUGUGUGAGAGCACCAAGUGCUGGGAGCCGCAUCCCCAGCCAGGAAGCAUCAGGGACAUCCCGCAGGCGAAACCGCUCCCGCCUGCAACGUCCCACCCCAAAUCCAUCCGGCCGGUCCAGAAGUCCCCAUGGCAGGAACUGCACACCAGCACCAAGUACUGUGAGGCGAAACCCAAGGGAGACAGCAGUCAGGACUUCCCAAAGGCAACACCACUCCCGCCAGCAGCGUCGGACACCGAACUCAUCCAGCAGAUCCAGAAGUCGCCACGACAGGAGCCGUGUUAGAGCACCAGGUGCUGCCAGGCGCACUCACCGGUGGGACGGUGAGACAGGGACCCACCGCUGACACGUCCCAUGUCACACAGGGAGGAGCAGGUCCCCAAAGGGAGAGAGCCAGCAUGCCUGCUGUGUCAGCGAUCAGAGGCUGACCUGGACAUCUGUGGGGAAAAACUCUUCAUACAUGGGCUCUGUGCCCACGAGUUCUGCCUGUUUUUUGCCACCAACUUUCCUGACCGCCCGGUUCAUCGAGGAGGACUCUGGUGUCUUCCCUCAUGGGAGAUCCGAGCUGUAGUCUCCCUGGCGGCUCAGCAGAUCUGCUGCAUCUGUGGCCAGAGAGGGGCCACCAUUUCCUGCUGUAGAAGACACUGUGACCUGAGCUUCCACCUGCCCUGUGCCAAGCAGGGAGGCUGUGUCACCCAGUUCUGCAGACCAUUCAGGGCCUUCUGCCCCGCACACAGCCCAGAGCAGGCAGUGGAGGCGACUCCAGAGCCGGGCACCCAAUGCCUCAUCUGCAUGGAGCCUGUGGAGGACAGAAAGACCUUCAACACCCUGGUGUGCCCAGCCUGCAAAACCGCCUGGUUCCACAGGGCCUGCAUCCAAGGACAGGCUCUGCAUGCUGGUCGUUUCUCCUUCCAGUGCCCCCUCUGCAGAAAUGAUGAGGCAUUUAUAAGAGAUAUGUUCACCGUGGGGAUCCAAAUCCCCUUGAGACCACCAUCAUGGGAGGGCUUUAAUGCAUUCAAUGAGAUGGGAGACAGACACAGGCGCUGCGAUGCCAGUGAGUGCCUUUUUCCAGGAGGUAGGCAGGAGGCAGAGGAGGAGGUAAGUUGCCAAAGCUGCUCCUCCUGUGCUGCCAAGGGCACCCACAAACACUGCUGUGGCCUGAGGAACAGCAUAACCAGCUGGGAAUGUGAUGGCUGUGCUGGUCUGGGCACAGGCCUGGGGCAAUUUUGGGGUCCCAAGCCAGGAAUUGCGGAUCCCAUUCCCGGCGGGACACUCCCACCAGAAUACUGGGACGCUCCCACGGAAACACCAGGAUCCAGAGGCUGCAGCAGCGCCGGCCCCGAGCCAGAAUUCCGCAGGAUCUCGGGAAUGACGGACACGGUGCCAGGGAGAUGA